AUGGCAAACUGUGAAUCUAUUUUACACUUACAUAAUCAAAGAGUAAGUAAAAACCUGAAACGAUGUACCGGAACCCUAAUUUUUCCGGCGAACGUUCUUUUCUUCGGUGAUUGUCGGGAAUCUGCGUCGAUUGAUGAAUAUUUCAAGAGACUCAGUGAUGAAGAUGAAUGCCGGAGCGUGAAUCUCAGAAUCCCGUCAACAAUUAAAACUUUAUCUUCUUUUAAAGCAAUCACAGUUGCUUACAAUAUGCUCAAUGGAUCAUUACCUAAUGGGUUAUGUGAGUUAACGAACCUAAGUGAGCUGGAUCUUAGUGAAAACAUGUUUGAUGGAAAUUUGCCUAAUUGUUUGAAUCGGCUAUCAUAUCUUGAGACGCUUGAUAUUUCUUCAAAUCAAUUCACAGGAAUGCUUCCGGCAUCUCUGAUUGCAAAUCUAACAUCUCUAAUGUACAUUGACUUUAGUCUAAACAAGUUUGAAGGCUCCUUCUCAUUCAGUUCCUUAUGCAAUCAUACAAAGCUUGAGUUUUUUCAACUUAAAAGAGACAAUGAAAAACUUGAGGUGGAGACAGAAAAGCCUAUAGGUUGGAUUCCGAUGUUCCAGUGCAAGGUUCUUGCGCUACCUAACUGGAAUAUCAAAAGGCUUAAAGGAAGUGUUGUUCCUAGUUUUCUACUUCACCAACACAAGUUACAAGUACUAGACAUGCCUCACAAUUCUUUGGAGGGACAAUUUCCGAAUUGGUUGCUCAAAAAUAAUACAAAGCUCAAAUAUCUAAAUUUAAGGAACAACUCAUUACAAGGUGUUAUGCAUAUGGAGUAUUUAAAUGCUAAUAUGAGGUUCCUAGAUAUGUCUGGAAAUCAUAUCACUGGCAUUAUCCAUCAUGAUAUACAAAAGUUCAUUUCGUAUGUAGAAUAUCUAAACUUUUCAAGCAAUGCCCUAAAUGGUGUUAUCCCUUCUUCAAUAUGUGAUUUGCAUCAACUGCAAAUACUGGAUCUAUCUCAAAAUAAUUUUUCAGGAAGAUUACCAAAUGGAUUUGUUACAAAUCUUUCUCACUUAGGGAUGCUAAAACUAUCAAAGAACGCCCUACAUGGCCAGAUACUUUCAGGAAACUUAAGUUUGGGUGGUAUCGAUGUCCUUCACUUAGACAACAAUUAUUUCACAGGUAACAUUGGAAAUAACAUUGUGGAACACAACGAUCGGUUAAUAUCUAUGGAUAUCAGUGAUAACUUUUUUAGAGGCACCAUCCCUAGUUGGAUAAGCAACGCCACUGGAAUAGUUGAACUUGUUAUGAGAAAUAAUAGAUUUGAAGGGCAAAUUCCUUGUGGAAAAGCCUCUUUCAGUUAUCUUGAUAUCUCACACAAUUUUUUCUCAGGGCCCAUUCCAUAUUGUUUAAAUUUGGAACAAAUGCAAUUUCUUCAUUUGAGCUACAACAGAUUCACUGGAUUGGUUCCAAACAACCUUUCAGGCAGGAUUCCUGAAUUUCUAGUAAUGCUAUCAGGGAAACUCCCAGAAUGGAAAGCACAAUUUGUAACCUUUACCGAGGAGAGCUAUGAAGGAAAUCCACUUCUUUUUGGACCACCAUUAGAGAAUAACUGCAUCACGAAAUCACCAGUGACCCAUCCAUCAAACGAAGAAGGAACUAAUAAGAAAUGGUAUAGUGUGGAUAUGGCAUCCUUCUAUGGAAGCUCUUGUUCCACAUGGCUUGUGUUCAUCUUGGGAUUGCAGCGCUUCUUUACAUCAAUCCUUACUGGCGUAGAAGGUGGCUAG